AAUGAUGCAUGAAUCAUGACACAGAAAGAAGUGAAACACCUUAAUGGAGCUUGUGUCAGAAGUAGGUGUACACAUGUCUCUGUGUGUGACUGAGUGUUUGCUGGGUAGGUGGUGUGGGGGAGCUAAAGGCACAUGAUUUAAAUAAAAGGAUCUGCAGUUGCCUGGCUACGGGCAGGGGAUCUGCUGUUGCCCCUGUCUGCUACCGCUUCCCUCGCGGGCAGGCUACACCAGUCAAUGAGCAGAGACCGACACACUCAAUGCUUAAGACAUGCUCGCACGCAGGAGAUUUAACACAGGCAGCAUACUCGCUAUCGAGAAUUGACUACAGCCACUUUAGCAGCGGGAUCUCUCUCUCUCUCUCUCUCUCUCUCUCUCUCUCUCUCUGCCAAGCUAUCUAUCUUUCCCUUUCUCUCCCUGUCUUGAUCGUGCUCUCUCUCUCUCUCUAUCUCUCUCUCACUUUCUCUCUGUUUGUCUCUGUGUGUUCUACACGCACACACACAUACAUACAGUACUGUAGAGGAGGAAGUAAUCUGUCGCCAUCAACAUGGAGACCCUUGAAUGGUUCUGUAAGAGUGAUGCUGACGUGAAGAUAAAGAUGUCCCAGGUGAAACAGGUGGGUCUGCUGGCAGCUGGCUGCCAGCCCUGGAACAAAGACGUGUGUGCUGCCAGCGGCGACAGAUUUGCCUACUGUGCCACCCUCGCCAUCUACAUCUAUCAGUUGGAUCACCGAUAUAAUGAAUUCAAACUCCGAGCCAUCAUGUCCGAGCACAAGAAGACCAUCACAGCCAUCUCCUGGUGCCCACACAACGCAGAGGUGUUUGCGAGUGCCAGUGCAGAUAACCUUCUCAUCAUCUGGAACGUGGCGGAACAGAAGGCUGUGGCCAGGCUAGAUAACACCAAAGGUAUCCCCUCAUCUCUGAGCUGGUGCUGGAAUGCAAAUGACAGCAUGGCGUUUGUGUCUCACCGGGGCCCCCUGUAUGUCUGGGCCAUCUCGGGGCCCGACUCUGGGGUCACUGUCCACAAGGACGCCCACAGCUUCCUCUCUGAUAUCUGCCUCUUCCGCUGGCAUCCUGUCAAGAAAGGCAAGGUGGUGUUUGGUCACACGGACGGGAGCCUGUCCAUAUUUCAGCCAGGCUCUAAGAACCAGAAGCAUGUGCUGCGGCCAGAGGCCCUGGAGGGCACGGACGAGGAGGACCCCGUCACGGCUCUGGAGUGGGACCCGCUCUCCACAGACUACCUGCUGGUUGCCAACCUGCACAACGGCAUCCGGCUGGUGGACUCCGAGUCCCUGUGCUGCAUCACCACCUUCAGCUUCCCCAGCGCGGCCGCAUCCGUGCAGUGCCUGGCCUGGGUCCCCAGCGCCCCUGGCAUGUUCAUCACCGGAGACUCCCAAGUUGGUGUCUUGAGGAUAUGGAAUGUUUCACGGUCAACACCUCUAGAUAAUUUCAAAUUAAAGAAGACUGGAUUCCACGCACUGCAUGUGCUCCACUCCCCACCAGCUAAGAAAUCCUUCAACACAAUAUCUCCAACAAAGAACCACUACACAUCGUCCACCAGCGAGGCAGUGCCGCCCCCGACCCUUUCCCAGAACCAAGCCUUCUCCCUGCCCCCCGGCCACGCGGUGUGCUGCUUCAUGGAUGGAGGCGUGGGGCUUUAUGACAUGGGGUCCAAGAAGUGGGAUUUCUUGAGGGAUCUGGGCCAUGUGGAAACCAUAUUUGACUGCAAGUUCAAGCCAGACGACCCAAACCUUCUAGCGACCGCUUCAUUCGACGGAACGAUCAAAGUGUGGGACAUCAACACACUCACUGCUGUUUACACGUCUCCAGGCAACGAGGGUGUGGUCUACUCCCUGUCCUGGGCACCUGGUAAAGCUUUGGGGGGGGAUCUUAAUUGUAUUGCUGGAGCAACUUCCAGAAAUGGAGCCUUCAUCUGGGAUGUAAAAAAAGGGAAAAUGAUUACAAGAUUUAACGAGCAUGGGAAGAAUGGCAUAUUUUGUAUUGCUUGGAGCCACAAGGACUCAAAAAGAAUAGCUACUUGUAGUGGGGAUGGGUUUUGUAUAAUACGCACCAUUGAUGGAAAACUCUUGCACAAAUAUAAGCAUCCUGCUGCAGUGUUUGGCUGUGACUGGAGUCAGAAUAAUAAAGAUAUGAUAGCCACAGGCUGUGAAGAUAAGAACGUGCGCGUCUAUUAUCUGGCCACCAGCUCCGACCAGCCUCUCAAGGUGUUCACAGGGCACACGGCCAAGGUGUUCCACGUGCGCUGGUCCCCACUGAGGGAGGGCAUCCUCUGCAGCGGCUCCGAUGACGGGUCGGUCCGUAUUUGGGACUACACGCAGGACGCCUGCAUCAAUGUGCUGAGUGGCCACACGGCGCCUGUGCGCGGCCUCAUGUGGAACACAGAGGUGCCGUAUCUGCUCACCUCCGGCAGCUGGGACUACUCCAUCCGCGUGUGGGACACCCGGGAUGGCACCUGCCUUGACACCGUCUACGACCACGGGGCAGACGUCUAUGGCCUUACCUGUCACCCAAGCCGGCCCUUCACCAUGGCCUCGUGCUCGCGAGAUUCCACAGUCAGACUGUGGUCUCUCACGCCUCUCAUUGCUCCUCUCCUGGUAAACAUUCUUACUGACCACAGCUGGGAUGACAUCAUUGGGAACACAGAUCGUGCCAUGGUGCCUGGGGCUGCUCCGCUUCUGUGUGGGAAAGUGUCCAGGGACAUCAAGCAGGAACUGGACAAACUCACUGGUGACCUGAGCACAAAGAAACUGAGGUGGUUCUCUGAGUGUUUUUCUCCUCCAGGCGGCAGCCAUAACCUCUGGAACCUUGUGGCGGUAAUAAACGGGCAGGACGAUAGCUUACUGCCCCAAAGCUACGGCCAGGACCUCAUGCACAUGAAGCACCUGAUUCGCUUCAAAACCUCUGAGGCCCAAGAGCUGACGAUUGUCAAGAUGAGUAAGUUUGGAGGGGGCAUUGGGGCCCCCAGCAAAGAGGAGAGGCUGAAGGGAGCUGCAGAGAUCCACCUGAGGCUGGGCCAGAUCCAGAGAUACUGUGAACUCAUGGUGGAACUGGGAGAGUGGGACAAGGCACUAUCAGUAGCCCCUGGGGUGUCCCUGAAGUACUGGAAGAAACUCAUGCAAAGGAGAGCAGACCAACUGAUGCAAGAAGGUAAUGAUGACGUCAUCCCCUACUGUGUUGCCACGGGCGAUGUGAAGAAGCUGGUGAAUUUCUUCAUGUGCCGAGGCCAGCUAAAGGAAGCCUUACUCGUAGCACAGGGUGCUUGUGAGGGAAAUAUCCAUGUGCCUCAGACCUCUUCAGCAAACAACAACGCGAGCACAGACAAUGAUGACAUGGAAGCGUAUAAUGGGCUCCUGCAUAGUGUGUGUAAAGAGUUGGCAGAGUGGUAUUUCCAGGAUGGACGUGCAGUCUUGGCGGCCUGCUGUCAUCUGGCAGUGGACAACACAGAGUUGGCGAUGGCCACCCUUAUCCGCGGUAAUGAGCUGGAGCUGGCGGUGUAUGCGGGCAAGGUGCUGGGGGAGCUGGCGGCUCCGGCCACACAUUAUGUACUGGAACUCUUGGCCAGGAAGUACAUGACCACAGCGACCUGCUUUCCAUCUGUGGCUAACAGGGACUUGGCGUGCCAGCUCCUCCAGAUGAUUCCAGACAAUGAGAUCCUGCUCGCCAAACUCUGUGCCUUCUACCCAGGCAGUACUGCUGAGAUAGAUGAGUUGCAUGAGAGAUGUGGUCUUCCCAGUCUAGAGGAAUGUAAGGACUUGGCAGAAUCUGCUGAGGGUGAAGGGGACGUCUUCAAUGCUGUCAAAUAUCAUUUGCUGAGCCCAGAGCCAGACAAGGCCUUACCCAUAGGAAUGACUUUUGUGAAAGAACAGCUGACUGGUUCGGAAUGGACAGUGGACUCCAUCUAUCCUGUUCUUGAUCUACUGGGAUAUAUCCGGACAGAUCGACUUGUCCUGUCCAAGUGUAGUGAACAUCGCAAUGAGCUGCUCAUUCUCUGUGGCUACAUUGGUGCACUACUGGCCAUCUCAAGACAAUAUAUCAGUAUUGUCCCUGCACUUUAUGAGUAUACUAGUCAGUUGUUGAAGAGGAGAGAAGUGGCUGUUCCCUUACAGAUCGAACAGCUCUCAGUGGAGCUAGAGGCUUGGAGGGCCUGCAUGCAAAGUGUAGUCAAGGGCUCGGUGGAGCCAUCGUACAGUCCUCCAUCUGAGGCUCAGAGAGAGGCGUACGCCCAGCUGCUCAGCAGGAUCACGGAGCAGCCUCACAUGGGUCUGCAGGGCCCAGACUACGUGACCGGAUCCAACCUGCCCAGCCACUCGGAAGUCCAGAUAUCCUGCUUCACUGGAGUCAGGAUACAGGGCCCAGUGUUCUUCCUGGAGGACGGGAAGUCUGCCAUAUCUCUGAAUGAUGCACUGAUGUGGGCCAAGGUCAACCCUUUCUCCCCACUGGGGACCGGCGUACGCAUUAACCCCUUCUGAUCAGUGACGGAGAGGCCAAGAGUCGGCUCGGCAAGGCAACAUGUGUGGAAGUAUAGAAGCUGUAUUUCGGGACUGCAGGGGUUGUCGCCAGUCACAAUCUAAGGAUGGUUUGUCAGUGGACCACAGGGUUAUGGAAUGACACAAAUGUUCUUACAGUUAAAAUGUUACACCAAGAGGUGUAUUACAAAUGCACACACAAGUCUGACAGUGUUCUAGCUUUAACAUAUAUAAUUCCACAACUAAAAACUGUAAGAACAUAUGCAGGUGGCUCUAUGUGCAGGUUUCUUCUGAAUGAUUGAGUAACUACUAGGGAUGCACGAUAUAUCGGCGGCCGAUAUAUUAUUGGGUGAUAAGUGAAAAAAUGAAAAUAUUAUUAUCGGUCCGAUAACAGAAUUCUGGCAGAUAAUUUGC